UCGCGCCGCGCGCACCCCUCUCCAGCAGCAGCAGCAGCGGCACGCGCAUAUCAGGAGAAGGAGAGGGCAUCUGCAGAGCUCGAGACGCGCCUGACGGACUGGACUGCCGCCAUGAGCACGCAGCGCGUGAUGGAGAUGAUGUUCUGCUAGGAACCGACAAGAAGCUACUGUGGCGUCGCGUGAGGAUCUGAACACCAUGAAACUGCUGUUGAUACUCACGCUCGUAUGGCGCGAGGCGUCGUGCGGAUCUCCGAGUGUCCAAAUCGGUGGUCUGUUUCCGCGGGGUGCAGAUCAGGAGUACAGUGCGUUCAGGGUUGGCAUGGUUCAGUUUGGAAUGGCAGAUUUCAGACUGACUCCACACAUAGAUAACCUGGAGGUGGCUAACAGCUUUGCUGUCACUAACUGCUUUUGUUCCCAGUUCUCCCGAGGUGUCUACGCCAUUUUUGGCUUCUACGACAAGAAGUCGGUAAACACCAUCACAUCCUUUUGUGAGACGCUACAUGUGUCCUUCAUCACACCAUCUUUCCCCGCAGAAGGAAUGAAUCAGUUUGUUCUCCAGAUGAGGCCGGACAUCAAGGGGCCCCUCAUUUCAUUAGUGGAGUACUACAAAUGGGAAAAGUUUGCCUAUCUAUACGACAGUGAUAGAGGUCUUUCGACUCUUCAGGUAAUACUGGACACUGCAGCAGAGAAGAAGUGGGUUGUCACAGCGAUAAAUGUGGGAAAUCUAAAAGAUGAGAGGAAGGAUGAAGCCUACCGCUCUUUGUUUCAGGACCUAGAGAUCCGUAAGGAACGACGCAUAAUCCUGGACUGUGAACAAGACAAAGUCAAAGACAUCAUGGAACAGGUGAUCACUAUAGGCAGGCAUGUGAAGGGGUACCACUAUAUCAUCGCUAACCUGGGUUUUGUAGAUGGCGACCUAUCUAAAAUCCAGUAUGGAGGUGCGAAUGUGUCUGGGUUUCAGAUAGUAGACUUUGAUGAUCCUGUGGUGGCAAAGUUUGACCAGCGAUGGGAGGCCCUGGAAGAGAAGGAGUAUCCAGGAGCUGAUUCACGAAUCAGAUACACCUCAGCCCUCACCUAUGAUGCUGUCCAUGUGAUGACGGAGGCAUUCCGCUUUCUUCACAAGCAGAGAAUAGACAUGAGUCGUCGUGGCAACAGUGGGGACUGUUUGGCCAACCCAGCAGUUCCCUGGGCACAAGGGGUGGAGAUUGAACGUGCCCUCAAACAGGUGCGUGUAGACGGAUUAACAGGGAACAUUCAGUUUGACCAGUACGGGAAGAGGAUCAACUACUCAGUGACAGUGAUGGAGCUGAAGAACAAUGGCCCUGUUAAGAUUGGCUAUUGGAAUGAGGUGGAUAAAAUGGUGGUGACAAAGUCAGACCUUUACCCCAAUGAUACCAUGGGAAUGGAAAACAAGACAGUCAUUGUCUCGACGAUCCUGGAAGCCCCCUACGUCAUGAUGAAGAAGAAUUCCGAGCAGUUUCAAGACAAUGACCGUUAUGAAGGUUAUUGCGUAGAUUUGGCUGCAGAGAUUGCAAAGCAUUGUGGUAUACGCUACCAGCUCAGGAUUGUGGGGGAUGGCAAAUACGGAGCGAGAGAUGCAGAAACCAAGAUCUGGAAUGGUAUGGUUGGAGAGCUGGUGUAUGGGAAAGCAGAUAUCGCAAUUGCUCCUCUGACCAUCACUCUUGUUCGUGAAGAAGUGAUAGAUUUCUCCAAACCAUUCAUGUCUUUGGGAAUCUCCAUCAUGAUCAAGAAGCCGCAGAAAUCCAAACCAGGAGUCUUCUCCUUUCUGGACCCACUCGCCUAUGAAAUCUGGAUGUGCAUUGUCUUCGCCUAUAUAGGAGUUAGUGUGGUUCUCUUUCUGGUAUCCAGAUUUAGCCCCUAUGAGUGGACACUAGAGGAACCAGAGGACGGAGCGUUGCCACUAACAACCGAAUCCACCAAUGAGUUUGGGAUCUUCAACUCCCUGUGGUUCUCUCUGGGGGCUUUCAUGCGGCAGGGUUGUGACAUAUCACCAAGGUCCCUGUCCGGUCGUAUAGUGGGGGGGGUGUGGUGGUUUUUCACUCUGAUUAUCAUCUCAUCAUACACUGCCAACCUGGCAGCUUUCCUGACGGUUGAGAGAAUGGUUUCUCCAAUCGAAAGUGCUGAAGACCUGGCUAAACAGACAGAUAUCACGUAUGGAACCCUCGACUCUGGAUCAACCAAAGAGUUCUUCAGGCGCUCUAAAAUUGCCUUGUUUGACAAGAUGUGGCAAUAUAUGAAAUCAGCAGAACCCUCUGUCUUCGUCAAAAAAACCUCUGAGGGCGUCCUGCGAGUCAGGAAGUCCAAAGGGAAAUAUGCCUACCUGCUGGAGUCCACCAUGAAUGAGUACAUAGAGCAGAGAAAACCUUGCGACACUAUGAAAGUGGGAGGAAACCUCGACUCCAAAGGCUACGGCAUCGCCACGCCAAAAGGAUCCCCAUUAAGAAAUGCUGUGAACCUGGCGGUGUUAAAGUUGAACGAGCAGGGGCUGCUGGACAAACUGAAAAACAAGUGGUGGUAUGACAAGGGAGAAUGCGGCAGCGGCGGAGGGGAGAGCAAGGAGAAAACCAGCGCCCUGUCUCUCAGUAACGUGGCAGGAGUCUUCUAUAUCCUGGUUGGAGGUCUGGGUCUGGCCAUGAUGGUGGCUCUGGUAGAGUUCUGCUACAAGAGCCGUGCUGAGGCCAAAAAAAAUGAAGGUGGCAGCCAACACAUUGUCCUCCCCCCAGCACACAGGAAACUACACACACACUUUGUCUUCUCCUCAACAUGCCCCCAACUUCAACCUGCUGUCCCCCAGCCACCAGCCAAACUACGCCACCUAUAAAGAGGGCUACAACGUUUACGGCAUUGAGAGUGUCAAGAUCUAACACGGAUGAAAUUCACAGAUGCGAUGCGCUCCAAAGCUCGUCUAUCCAUCACAGGAUCGACCGGUGAGAAUGGUCGUGUCCCGGUGGCUUACCUCCGUCCAGGAUUACCCAUGAGCCUCAGCAUGACUGACCUGUCCUGACCUGACCCAUGCCAGUGCCUUACAGCCGCGCCACACAUCCUCCUGCCCUCUGACAGUGAGUGGAAAUGCUUGUCAUCUCCGUUGGUGACCAAUUACCACUCACCAUGGGUGAUCUACCCUGAUUUUCAAUCUGGAGUUUCCCAAUCAUAUCACGCUGAGGACUCCUGAUCUUACUAUUUAUUAUUUCGCCUACAAAGACUGGACACAAGUUGUCCCCCACCACUGGCUGUCAGGUUUUAGCAAAGACCUGCCAACCUACAAAGUGAAUCACUGAACCAUCAGCAAAAAGAUGGCUGGUCAUUUAUAAUUAAUAAAAAAACAAUUAAGCACAGUGGACAGUUUUUAAACAAACACAUCAUUGUUUCGUAGAUUUUUGCCAUGGAGGCUUUAGAGACUAAGGACAACAGCGAUGCUGACGUUAAUGCAAUAACAAGAUUAAUCAGGGAUGUGAUCAGGAAUUGUGUGUAUACAAAAAGAGUCUUGGUUAAAGUGCUUUGAACAAAGACGGAUGUCCUGAAAAAAUCACAUCCAUGAAAUAAUAGUAAAUGUAAUAACAGAUUAUGAUAAUGGUGUUAUUGUUCUUAAUUAUUUUUCUUAAUUCUGCCUGAAAAUUCCUAAUUAGUAGAGUCUUUUACCAAACCCAAGGGAUGCAUGGACUGAUAAACACACACACAAACACACACACACACUGGUAUUGUACAUAGACUAUACACAGGGAUGGGCGGAAACAAAGCCUAAAAUCCUAAAACUUAUAAGCAAAAAGUAGAACAUCAGUUUUCAGCGGGAAUUUUGAUAAAAAACAUAAGCCAUUGAAAUAGUUUGGACCACUGACACGUUGUCCAGCAGGGAGGACAGCUUGACCCCAGGACAGGGCUUUAGUCUAGUGUUGCAGAGCGCUACAUCAGCUAAUGGCCAGACACAGUUUGGGUUAUGUGAAUGUUCUUUCACUGUGGCUGUUGUCUCUGUGGUACAGUUGACUUUGCAAGCUUUCAAAGGGCCACAUGUUGUAUUCUCCAGCCAAUAAAGCAGCUGCUCAGGAGGGGUUUGGCUCACAGCCCAGCUAGGCACAGUGACUACAAAUAUGUGCAUAAUUCAAAUAUCAGUUAUGAUGCUGUAAGUUACAUUUGCAGACCAUUUCAAGUAUAUUUUACUUGGGGCAAUAAGCCCCAAUAUAGCGAGGGGCUUGAAAAGGCUGAGACUCAGUUACAGCUGGUCCCUGGUUACACAAGCUUAGAGGAUGGAUAAUGGUGGAACAGCUUGCGGAAUAAAAAAAAGAAAAAGUUUCAUAAUGUUUGGAAUAAUGUCAAAACAGGACAAAUUAUCUGUGCAGUGUUAUCAAAAGAUAGAUUAUAUAUGUAUAUAAUAUACAUUACAUUUAUAUGUUCAUAUAAAUAUGGUGCUUCAAAUACAAAUUAAAAAAGAUCCUGCCCACCCCUGUCUAUAGGUCAGCUCACAAUACAGAUCCUAAUCACCUAUACACAACCCCAAUACACACUGACAUACCUCAGCACAUACACACUUCAACCCUAACAUUUGCACGUGCACAUGCACAUAUUAUUGUCAAAUAAGUUCUAAAGCCAACUGGAUAAUGUGCCAAACAGACUGAGAACCAAUCAGAGCUCUCCAUGCUCAGCCAAUGGCAGCUGCUGAUACUGAAACCUGAGCCAAUGGGAGCGCUCACUGCUGUGAGAUGGACAAGAAACUGUGAAAAAGUCCUUCCUUUUAAUAAACAUACUGCAUUGAUGAUGGCAUCGAAGACGAGGAAGCCGAAAAGAGGAUGAAGAAAAACAUUUGCAUGUCACUUUGAGUUUUGCUUUACGAUAAAUUGACAGCCGGAAGCUUUGAGCCUGGCUGCAUUUUAAUGUUUAAUAAUAAUAGUAAUAAGAAUAAUAUCAACGAUUUAAUUGCAGUAAUAAUGUGGUUCUUGUUAUGUAUAGUGUAUGUUUUUAAGAACUCAAGUAUGCUAUUUUUCUUUCACCAGGAGGCUGUUAUUAAUGCUAUUAGUUAGAGGCGAGCUGGUUAACUUCUCCCACAACAUUCAACAUGUUGAGAACGUCUGGUUUGAGAGAAGCUGAAACUGUCAGAAAUCUUCUUCUGACAUUUCAUAUCUUAGACGCAUAUCAUGAGAUUUCCAUGGUGGUGUUAUCAAACACUGAUAGAGAUGUGGAAAUGAUCCCUCAUCACUUUCUUGGUAGUUGAUUUUCACCAAAGUAAAUUAUGAUUUGGGAUGGAUACCCCGAAUAUUUUUUGACAUAUGAGUAUAACCACAUAGUAUUUAGUUUAUUUGUGAUCUGACUGUUUCAUUAUAUAUUAAACUUGCCUGCCCUCAAAAUGUUUUUAUAGAGAAACACACAGACUCAUAUAACAUAAGACAUGAGUCCUGAGAUUUGAACCCAUUGCAUUUGUCUUUUGUUUAAAAUGACUUUUGUUUAUGUUGACAAUGAUCUUUAAUGGUCAUAUGAAUUAUGACUGUCUUUAAGGAAUAAAGAGUGUGAUAUGAAAGUGUUAAUAAAAUGCGUGUAGGGAGAA